CUCGUGAUUCCAGAACUUUCGUCACCCCAAGGUUGUUGUCACGCGACUUUCUUAUUCACGUGGGUUGCCAACUUACGAAAAACAGUAAAACCCAAGAGGAUGACGCUAAAACAAAAUUACUACCUCGUCGCUUAUGCCACUCUGGCAAUAUUGAUGUUGCUCCUAGCAACAGUAACCGAAACCAAAUCUAUUCAAAAACGAAGUUUUGCUCAGCUGGGAUGUAUGGGAAAUUUUGACAAAGCCAUUUUCGCCCGGUUGGUACGUACCUGUGAGGAGUGUUACAAUGUUUACCGAGAUCCCUUCAUACAUCAGGAAUGCAGGUCUAACUGCUUCAAGAACAGUAUGUUUAACGAUUGUUUGAAGGUUUUGCUCAUGCAAUCUGAGAAGGAGAAUAUGAUCAAGAUGGUUGACGUUUUGUAUGGGAAGUGAACACCAAGGCUAAUUGUUUCCCUGAUGUUCUAACCGAACUCAGUCAUUUACCGUAAGAAGUUUACUCGAUAUAGAGGAAUUAUAGAUGUAAUGCACGUUUUAC